CAGUGUUUAGGAGCAACUGUGCAAGGAACUACGCGAAUAAAGAUACACAGGAUAAAGCGUAACAUAAUUUUAGCUCACUCUAUUGCGACGCAAAAUCAACUUACAAACAGCUAAGAAUCGAGAUGUUUUGAACUGAAGUGCUACACGUUUAAGUGAUAACUACAACCACUUAAUUUGCGACAAUUUUUAACGGCUUCCCGAUGACUCAUCUUGGUUCGUUUUGAAUGAUGUCGUCACGAAAUUGUGAUUCUUGUACCAAGAAAGGGAUAUCAACAGCUGCUGUUUUGUUCUGUAAACCAUGCUUCGUCUAUUUAUGUCAACCUUGCAUAAGUGAACACUUGGUGUGGUUACCGCCGAGUUUGAGGCUGCAGCAAUUGGAACAUACAAUUGCGCCUAUAAGUGCAAGCAUCAGCAAGCUUUCAGAAAACGAGGCACAUUUUUUGUCAGAAGCCGAUGAAGACACUGUGAAAGUCGAUAAAAAAGACGCUAAACAAGACGAUGUGCCGGUUCGCAACCCGAGAGAACCCAGUAAGCCACAAGGUGUCGAAACUACGGCAGAAUCAGUAUUACUUGCUUGGAAUAAGCCAAUCGAUAAACGCGCAGGAGAUUUGUACGAAGUUAGAUAUAUCGAAGUAAGUAAAGAGAGAAAACCCCGAUGGGCUACUUUUCAAAAGAAGUUUGUCACAGAAUGUGGAAAAAUAGAAGGGCUGAAGAGUAAAACAUCCUACCAGUUUGUCGUUAGAGUUGUUGAUGAAGAAGGCGACGAAGGACCAAAAAGCGAACCAAGCGAUAUUAUCAAAACAUUUAAAUCCCUUGGAACCCGGCUUAUCAGGCACUCGAAAGUACUCGACGAAACGCAUGAUCAUCCAACGACGUACCUCCCUAGGAUGAAGGAAAUUAAAAAAGCCAGGAACGCAAAAACAAAAAUCAGGAAGUUUGAAAUCGGUAAGCGAGAUAAGUUGAUCAGCGAAGAAAAAACAAUACUGGUUGUUGGAGAAACCGGAUGCGGAAAAAGUACUCUGAUAGAUGGCAUGUCGAAUUAUAUCUUUGGUGUCAAUUUCAACGAUCCUUUUCGCUUCCGAAUUGUCACCUCAGAAGCAGAAGAAAAAGAGCGACUCGGAAAUCAGGCAUUAUCACAAACGGACUGGAUUUCAUGUUACACUAUUCACCCAAAACACGGCAGUCGUUUAAAAUGCACUUUGAAUAUAAUAGAUACUCCCGGAUUUGGAGACACUAGAGGUCUCGAGCAAGAUCAAAAUAUAGCUGACCAGAUUCGAGAGUUAUUCACUCAUCAAGAACCGAAGGGAGUGCAGAAUAUCGAUGCGGUUUGCUUUGUGGUAAAAGCAUCAGAUUUAAGAUUGACAUCGAUUCAAACCUACAUUUUUGAGUCAAUCAUGUCCCUUUUUGGGAACAACAUUAAGGAAAAUAUAUGUACGUUGAUAACAUUUGCUGAUGGAGCCGAGCCCAUGGUUUGUUCUUCCCUAAAAGAAUCCAAAUUGCCCUUUGGGAAGUACUUCACCUUUAACAACUCAGCAUGGUUUGCUGCAAAUGAAAACGUUGAUGCAAUUGAAAUGCCAUUGUUUCUCUGGAAUAUGGGAAUGAAAAGUUUUAAAGAUUUUUUCAACCAAACAGAAACCUUCAAAACGGAAAGCCUUCAAUUGACAGCCGAUGUUUUAAUCGAACGAUACAAACUUCACAUGACACUCAAGAACUUAGAUGCAUACAUUAAACUUGGUUUGGCAAAGGUCGACCAGAUCAAUUGUGAAAAGAAGGCUUUUGAAGAUGCAAUCAACGACAUGGAAAGACACAAAAAUUACACUGUCACAAGGAACGUCGUAGUACAUAUAAGAAAGGAUCCGGAAAGGGGGUUUGUGACCUUUUGUACAGAAUGCCAGUUUUUGUGUCACGAACGUUGUGCUUUUGAGGACGACGAUGACAAAAUGUAUUGUGCUGUCAUGAAUGAGGAAAAGUAUUGCACUGUGUGCCCACGGAAUUGCUUUUGGAAAACACAUAAAAACUUCAUACCCUCGGUUUUUGAAAGUAUCACCAAAACAGAAACGGAAACUCUUGAAGAUAUAAAAGCUAAGUACGAAGAAGCGGAGGGAAAACAGCUCACCAAAAAGCAAACAAUUGAAAUCAUGGACUGUGACCUAAAGAAACUUGUUAAAAGAAUUGAAGGUAUGAUAAGAAAAUGUCAAGGAUGCCUCAAAAAGUUAUCUGAAAUUGCACUUCGACCAGAUCCUUUGACUAUAACGGACCACAUACAGCUGAUGAUAGAGGGCGAGAAAAAAGGUGGAAAACCUGGAUGGGAAAAUAGAAUUAAAGUGUUGGAGGGAAUCGCGGACUUGGCUGAACUUCAGAAAAAAGUUGAAGAAAGUAAAGGCGAUGUUAUUCGGGAAUUUCUCAAAGAUUAUGAAUCAAUUGUCUAACCGGAUAAGUCGUUUUGCAAAACGAAAGAUCACUGAUUGAGAAACUGGUUAGACAAUAGCGGAGUUCAGACCGGCUAGACAUAAGUUGAGUUUAAAAUACCGUUUUUAUCGACCUGGAAAGAGGAAGCAUUUUUCGAAAAGGAAAAUGUUCUUCAACUUCAAAUGACUUUGCAUAUCUGAGAAUCGCCGUAUUACGAAAGGACGAUGUAACGUUUGUAUAUAUCGUUGAUGUGCAACAUUCAAACCACGUGUACAACUUUAUAAGUUUGUUAAAUGUUUUGUUGUCAGUUUGCCUUCACAUGCGUUUACAUAUAUGUAUUAGCUGUACAAAGAAAUGCGUUUGCAAACGAACGCAUACGUUUUAUUAUCAUACAAAUAAAGCGUUUAUAGUACAAGUAUUGCGUAUAUGUAACAUUUCGAUAUGUGGCCAGACGUAUCAGGGAUUGGUCACGGUUAUGUGGUGAAUUGGCCACGAUUUUGAGGCUAGUCAUGUAUUUGUGUAUUACAUACAUUUAUCAUUUCAUAAGGCAUAGUGUGACAUAACAUUUAGAGAAAAGCAAAAAUGAAAACAUUAACAUCAUUGAUUUAAUCAAUCUAAACAAAUUACCUUUAUAAAAUAUCCAGUCUGUCAGAUCGUAAUCAAAUGAAAAAUUUGCUUAAGUAUUUAUUUGGUGGCAAAUGUUUUUUUAUUGCAAUUUAUUUUACGUAUGUUUUUUCAUUUAUGUUUUUCCAGUUUGUCACAAAAUCUCUAUUUCAUCAAUGAUUUUUUUUUCAAAUGUUUUAUCUAGUUAACAUUUUCCGAAAACCAUUUGUCAAUACAUUAGUGUUGUUUUGCAUUGAUUGCAUAUGUUUUAUUAUUGUGUCUUUAUUUCUUUUAUUUCGAAUGAGGGAGUUAAACACGGUUGGACCAAUAGUCCGUAUCGGUUAUACUUCAUCAGAAUAAAUACCUAUAGAGGUGGAACACAUGCAUACCAUAUAUUUAUGCUUAUUGUAGAGCAGGCAUCGAAAUGACUUAAAUAAUGUACUAUGAAUCUGAUGCCGCUGAACCUCGGCCAUGAGACGUGAGAAAUUUUGCAAAAGUCAUUCGGUGAAACCAUAGUACACAGGAAACUUACUUUUACGACACGAAAUAAAAAAACAAAAAAACAAUGUCAUUAAUUGAUGUUCAAGUGCAUAUGUCAUAUGUUUUCUAUGUAAACUCUAUAUUAUAAUUGGACAUUAUGCAUUUUUUUCCAUAAUUUUGCUUUCGUAUUAGUGUAGCAUGUACUGUAUAGAACAGGGAGAUAACUUAUCCGUGUAACAUAGAUCGACUUUAAAUGAAAGUUUCAAUUCAUCAAUUCAAUUUUAAAGUCGCACUACGGAGGAAAUAAGAUUUUCGGACUAUAUCAAUGUUGUUGUUUUUGCCUCGAAUAAUCUGAAGGUUGACAUAAUAGAAAGUACUAAUUUUUCUGAACUUUUAUCAGAAGAAUUGAAAAAGACAGAUGUGGUGUUUGCUCCUGUUUAAAACAGUGAUGCAUAGAUAUUGGAAAUUGAAAUUGGUUGUUUCUAUUCAAUUAAUUUUCUGUAUAUCCAUGAUAAUUCAUUUCAUUGUAUUUCUUGUUAUAAAUAUUCAUAGGGGUGUUUUUCUAUACAGUAAUUUAUUGCGAUAAAGUUCAUCAUCAUAUUGGUGUUCAACCUGUGUAUAAAAAACAAUCCACUUUUGGAUACUUAUGCUUAUGUUGAAAAUAUUACUGAUGAUUUAUUACGUCAUACAUCCUAUUAUUGCACCUUAAACGAUAAGUUUAUAUAUAUAUGUGUGUGUGUGUGUGUGUGUGCGUGCGUGCGUGCGUGCGUGCGCGCGCGCGCGUGCGUGUGUUGCGCUUUAUUAAUAACGGUAGGAAUAAAACACUAUUCUUAUGCUUUUCAUGUCUAGCAUGUCCUCAUGAAAAACUUAAUUUUGAGAAAUGUUUAACUCAAAGGAACACAAUAUAGAUUGAUUGAAAACAAAUCUAGUUUUAAUGCAUUAUAAUGUUUAAAUUCAUUUGACUUCAAUGAUAAAAUCAAACAAAAAACAUAUGAUUUAGGUACAGAUUAAACAAAAUUAUCCAUUAUAAAUGCCUUUUCAAUUAAUAUCUACAGGCCACAACUUCCCGAGUUAAAAACGCACCAAAACAUCGCUAAUAUUGUUUAUCUAAGUCAUAUUCAUUUCUUUUAUUUUUUUUAUCUUAAAGUCAAAUGAGUUACACACGACUAUCAAUUAAAAUUCAAUUAUUAUUUUUUGCAUCAACCUACGUCUUCAAAAUCGUCUAUUGAAGAAGAAAUAGUAUAAGGAUUACUGAAAGUACCUCACUCUACGUCUUACAUGUCCUCAUAAAAACUUAAGUUGUGAUAAAUAACAACUAUCAUUUAGGAUUCAUGCAUUUCGAGGAUUUAUGUACUUAUCAUUUUAAAAUGUCUAGGUUAUCAUCUCAAGUGUAAGUAACAAUUCGUAUAGAAACUAGUGUUAAACCCUAUUGAAACAUCUCUUCUUUCAAUAACAUUUUGUUUAUACUAAUUGUUUUCGCUAUACGGUGAAGACAGAUGAAGGCUGUAUUAACUACUUUCGAGUCCGUUCCCAGGGCAGAAACAUAAAUGUACAAAUGAGAAUAUUGUGAAUAGUGUAUGCUUAGAUACUUGUGCAUUCGGAACACCUCGCCCAUUUUUAUCGAAAACAACCUCGGAUGCAUGCCGGUAUAUCAAUUGAAGUAGUACGUAAAUUUUUGAAUGAUAUCAUUAAUUAAUUGAAGUGUUUUAGAGUUGUAUUUAUUGAUUUAAGUCUUAAUAGAUUGCCAUUGAAGUGUAUUAUUGCAAACAUAACUGAGAUUCCCAAGAGUCAAGUCAUAAAGUUUAACUGCUAACGAAAAUUACUACGCGAUCUACUUGCAGCGGACUUAAACGUACCGAUCUUGGAGUAUGUAAACCGUCGAAUUACAUCCGAGGUUGUUUUCGAUAAAAAUGGCCGAGGAGUUCCGAAUGGAUACUUGUGCUAUAAUUUACAGUAAAAUAUUGUGAAAAGUGAUACUUUGAACAUUUAUUUGAUUUGUAGUGACAUUCAAUAAAUUUAAAAAUAUAGUGCGCCAUGUGGUAGUACUAUCAUACAAUGUACUGAUGAAGGAUUUGUUUACACUAAGACAUUUCCCAAACUUGUUGGAAAUGUUUUAUUAUAUAAGGAAUGGUGGUAAACCUAUAUCAUGUAUUGUAAUAUGUAAUUAUGUUUUGUUUUGUAGUUCUACUAUGGUUUAAGGGACUGUUUCCAUUUUAAGGGUUCUUGCUAAUCAGCAAGGGCUUCCAUACUAAUGCUUUACAUAAUCAGUAUAAAAGUCCGUAUUCUUUUUCAUUAGAGGUUUUAUUUUCAGAGGCGUUUUCGAUAUAUAGUGUGUUUCAUGAUAACAUAUCCUGAAAAACACUUGUAUCACCAAACACAUUGGUUCUACGUUUAUGAUAUUGUUUUGAACGUUUAGAUAUAAAUAAUUAUAUCAAACUUAAUUUUGUCAAAUCGUUAUAAAAGAUAUGAAUUAUACCAUAAAUUAAUUUGUCCACAAAGAAAUGCAUAAACUAAAUCCUAUAAUGGUGAUUGCAAAAUAGCUUUCAAUUUUAAUGAUAAAUAUUCGUAGGAUAAGAGAAAUUUUGUUGCUGUAAUAUUAUAAUAAAGA